AUGUGUUAUGGACGGGAGGAAUUUAACAUGACCUGUCUCGAAUACGAUGAAAAACAAUUGUACUUGUUUGGUCCACCCGUGUACUUGAAAGUCUUAUCUUAUGGACCAUUUUUCACACGACUUCCAGGAGAAGUUCUCUCACUCUUUUACAAAAGAACCAUUACGGAAGCUCAACAACGAUAUAUGGACAAUCAACAAAAGUGGAAUGAUUAUCUCAUUAAGAAACAACAAGCAAUGAAAGAACUAGAAGAGAAGAAAAAGGCCUCUCCCAUCUAUCAAAUGGUGAAUCCUUUCAUUGAAUGGAUUCAAGUAUAUCCCAAUUAUUUAUGGUUUCCAAUUGUUUGUGUCAUUGGUCUUUUCAUGUAUCUCAUAUUUCUGUUAGCAUUGCGAUUCUGUGUGGCGAGAUAUGUUCAAAAGAAACGAAAAGAAAAAAUUAAGCUCUACCUUAAAGAGAAAAAGGAAAUCAAAGAAAAGUUGAAAGCAUUUCUACCUCCCAAAUUUAGGGAAGAAAUGACCUCAGAUGAAGAUAAUGACAAUCAUGAUGGACAAGACAUGAGUAGAAAUAAUAACCCACAACAACGAACAUUAAGCUGCAAGCCAAAAGACUCCAAAUCUUCUCAUUCUUCAGAGAGUGAUCAAGACACAGAAGAGGACGAUGAUCACUCCCUAGAGCGCAAAAAGUUUAUCAAAACACCAAAAAACAAAGAUCACACAAAUUCACCAAUCAUUGGACGUAACACUCCAGGUUCAAUGGAAAGAACAUUCUCUCGAGAUCAUGACUCACAACAAGCCAUCACCACCACAAACAGAAAUAACAUCAACACACCAAAAUCUCGACCCUUACCUAAUCCAAGAAGUUACAACAGUCCUUCCACACGUUUUCAAUCCUCCUCUCUCAAUCAAAUUCAAAUUAACAUUCAAGAUAUUGGAGCUAGUUCACAACGAUCAAUUCCAUCUUCACCUAUUGCUUCAAAUUAUCGAAAAAAGCCCUUGCCAAAUCCGUUGAUUUCAAAACACUUCUCUACUGCUCCAACUCCAAAAGGUGGAAAUACAAGUCAUUCAAAUGUUUCCUUGAUUAAGGACAAUAACGCUCCUCAAAAUGAUGAAAAUGACUCUAAUCAUCGUCGUGACGAAAUUGCACACACUUCCAAUCAGUCUCGUUCAAACUCCCAAAAAUCCUCCUCAAAAACCAAUCCUCCAUUAUUACCCAAACGACCCAAAUAUUUAGUUUGUGGAAAAUGUGGCGCCAUGGCUAGAGUAUGGUGUCACUCUUGUGACAAUUAUCUCUGUAUUGAUUGUGACCAACAAGAUGAUCGUUCUCAUUCGGAACGUUCCAAAUCCAAAGUCAUGAUUUGUGAUCAUUGCAUGCAACCAAGAUCUGAAUUGAAAGAACAUUUUCUAAAAGGAUCUUCUUUCAAACUCUUUGGAUGUAAAAUGUGUAUGGAAGAAUUGUAUAAAGAAAGAAAAGUGAAUCGAGUGGGAUCCAUUAUUAAGAGAUGCACCAAAUGUAUGGAUGAAGAAAUUUCAAGAACUAAUCCACAAACGAAAUUGUGUGAUAAUUGUAUUUACUUUUCAUAUUGCAUAUUCCAUCAUCAUGUUCCUCUAGAACUUGUUUAUUCUUAG